GAACACUGUAAUGAAACGUGUCUAAACAUCUGUUCUGAAAGAAGUUGCUCAAGAGAUGGUACUUGCAUAUGUGGACAGAAUUUUGAAGGAAAAAAAUGCGACCGAUGCAUCGUGGAUCGAUAUGGUGAGAAGUGUGAACAUAAAUGCAGUCCAGGAUGCGCUACCCCUACUUGUGAUGCCAAAACCGGAUUUUGUCCUUGUAAAACUAAUUUCCAAGGAGAAAAAUGCAACGAAUGCAUCGAAGGGCUUUACGGUGAAUAUUGCAACCAAACCUGCGCUGUCAAUUGUUUACAGGAAACCUGUUUAAGAUCAACCGGUGUUUGCACUGCUGGUUGUAAAGAUGGCUUUACCUCUGACAAAUGCUCUGAACCCUGUAACUCACAGUGUAAAGCAUGCCAGCAGAACAACGGAUCUAUCUGUGAAUCAUGCUUUGAAGACCAUUGGGGUACGGCCUGUAGGUGCCCAAUAAAUUGUUACUGCGCUUCAGGGAGUAAAGAAUGUCUUAAUUGCCGAAAUGGUUAUAUAAGCACAGAUCUGAAAUGUAUUUGUCGAAAAGAAUAUUGCGCAGAUACCUCCUGCAAUUCCUGUAAAGGUGAGAGGUAUUUCUCUUAUAAAAAUGCAUGCUGCGAAUGUAGUAAUCAUUGCAAGGACGGCAAAUGCAUUUCCCACAGUCAGUGUUUGGACGGAUGCCAAGACGGGUAUUUUGGGGAGGAUUGUUUAGGGAAAUGCAUUGAAAUAGAUACCCAUUGUUUGAGAUGCCAUAAAAAUAUUCGAUCUUGUACAUUAUGUGAAAAUAGUUACUAUAUUUCUUCAAACGAAACGUGUACACCCUGUUCAUCGAAUUGCGUGGAUUUUAAAUGUAAACAAAGAAGUGGAAAUUGUACUGAAGGCUGCAAUCUCGGACUUUGGAAUUACACGUGUGAUAUCCCAUGUCUAGGCAACUGCGAUUCUUGCGACCAAUUGUCAGGAUUAUGUAUAAUGUGUAACCAAGGUUUCAAGUACGGUCCCUAUUGCAACAUUUCUUGCAGUACCAAGUGUAAGAAUCGCACAUGCAAUCAAAGAAAUGGAGAAUGUAUGGAGGGCUGUUUUGAGGGAUACACUGGAUCAUUUUGCGAGAAAGCUGAUGAACCUUCAUAUUCGUAUCAGAUUUUGUCUGAGGCACAGAUGGAGAAAGAUGACGGGAACCAAGAGUACGAACCAAUGAAGCAUGCCAACUCCUCUCAGAAUACGGGUACGGAAGAAAUCCAAGCGUAUGAAACAAUGAAGCCUACUAACUCCUCUAAGAAUACGGAAGAAACCAAAGAGGACGAAACAAUGAAGCAUACCAACUCCUCUAAGAAUACGGAUACGGAGGAAACCCAAGAGUAUGAAACAAUGAAACGUACCAACUCCUCUAAUAAUACGGAAACGGAAACCAAAAGUAAAGACUUAGCGUGUGCGUAGUUGUAAUUUGAGGUCAUCGCCAUGAC